AUGAGCAAAGACAAGGUAACACAUCGUCUUGCGACUAAGACGUCUUGGCCUGACUUUAUGUCAUACAUUCUGAGAUACAACGAUGAACGCGGUAUGCAAAUUCCAGAAAUCGAGGUCAAUGCUGGAAUCAUUAUUCAGGCUGGUAGUGAAACCACAGCGACAGUUCUGGCGACUUGCCUUUUUUUUACCCACAGAAGCACCCACAAUGCUGGCAAAGAAGUAUUGCGGAGGUGCGAUCGGCUUUCAAAACGGAUUUUCACUGUUCCUGUAUCUGUGCCGCACUAUUCUACCUUCCGUGGAUACACAAAUUUUGUCAAGCCGGAUUCCUUCCUGCCAGAACGGUGGCUUGGGGGCAUUGAAAAGGAAAGUCUAUUUCCCUCCGACCGGCGUGAUGCAUUGCAACCGUUCUCUUUUGAGCCUCGCGGGUGUAUUGGACGAAAUUUUGCGUAUGCGGGAAUGCGUACUGUGUUAUCCAAGAUACUUUUGCAUUUCGAUGUCUCUCUGCAACCCGAGUCAGACAAAUGGGAUAAUGCGAGGAGCUUUGUUGUAUGGGAGAAAGGACCGUUGUUUGUUCGCUUGAGCGACGUGAAGAGUGAAAGCUCUAUUUAG